AUGGCCAUUAUAAACUUCUUCAAAGGUCAUCCUUCCACCAACCUACUUCCAUCAAAAACUAUAGCAGAUACAUAUUCCAAAGUAUUAGUAAAUAAUUCAGAUUAUUUGGAGUAUGAUAAUGAUCCAAAUAAUCAACAUCCAUUAGCUUAUGGUACAGAUCCAGGAAAUUUAGAGAUUAGACAAACCAUAUCAGAUUGGGUAAACUCUAAAUACCAAUCAAACUAUUUGAAUGCAGAAUUGAUAAACCUAACUGCUGGUGCUUCAUAUGGAGUAGCUAAUGUUUUAGCAUCAACUACAUUACCUUCUAUUACUAAAAAAGCCUUUAUUGUAACUCCAACUUAUUUUUUAAUAAAUAGUUCAUUUGUUGAUGUGGGGUUAGGUGAUGAUUUAAUUGCAAUAAAUGAAACAGCAGGUGAAGAAUAUGAUAUAGAUUUGGUCAAAUUGAAGAAAGAAUUGAAAAAAUUUGGUAAAGAAGAUCAAACUGAGGUGAAUAUUAUUAAAAAUGAUCCAAGAGGUGAAAGAAAGGUUUAUCAAUUUGUGUUAUAUUUAGUCCCUACUUUUUCAAACCCUGGAGGUAUAACAUAUUCAGUCAAAACCAGAAAGAAAUUGAUUGAUUUAGCAAGAAAGUAUGAUUUGUUAAUUAUAAGUGAUGAUGUUUAUGAAUAUUUAGAUUAUGCAAAUACAGAGACAAUUACCAAGCCAAUUCCAAAAUUGAAUCAAUUAGAUCAAGAAACAAUAACAAAUAAAUAUGGAAAUACUAUAUCAAAUGCAACAUUCUCAAAAAUCAUAGCACCUGGAUUAAGAGUAGGUUGGCAAGAAUCAGCUACUUCUCAUUUAGUUAAACAAUUAAGUAUAACAGGAGCAAACAAAUCUGGAGGUACACCAUCACAAUUAUCUACUUUUAUAGUAAAUGAUCUCAUAAAAACAGGUCAAUUAGAUGAGAUAAUACUAAAGUUCAAAAAAAUUUACAAAGAAAGAGCCCAAACACUUAAAGAAUCCGUUAAAAAAUAUUUACCAAAAGGUACAAAAGUAUAUGGUGGAGAUGGCGGAUAUUUCCUUUGGGUUGAAUUGCCUAAUUUUGUAGAUAAUGAAAAAGUUAUUAAAGAAGUAUCUAAAAAGAAUGUGAUAUUAGCAAGUGGUGAACAUUUUGAAGUAUUAGGAGAAUCAAAUAAACAAAAUUGGGGUGAUCAUUGUAUAAGGUUAUGUAUUAGUUUUUUAUCAUCUUCAGAAAUUGAAAAGGGAAUUAAAUUAUGGGGAGAAACUAUUGAUGAAGUUAGUAAUUAA